AAGGUCAUAUUCGGUCUAAACACACAAAAAUACACUAGAAAAAUAUAUUUUUUAUUUGCUAAAAGUGAACGGUGUGACAAUGCAAAUUUACCGAUUCGUUUUUGGUUUCCCUCACCCAAAAACCCCAAUUUGCCAGGCCAUCCCCUCCCCCAUUAUUGUUAGGGGGGGAGUAAAAACUAGUGAUUUCCGGCGGAAAUGAAUAUCAAAUUCGUUCAAAACUCAUAAAAUAUCAUUGGAAAAACAUAUUUCUAAUGUCCAAACAAAGACCGGUGCAUGAGUAAAAAUUUACCCUUAGUUCCUACAAACGCUCUGAUUGGCUGAACGCCCAUUACUGAAGAACAAUGCAACAGCGAUAAUUGACAUUUCGCCAUGAGUCGAUCAUUGUGUAGCUGUAAAUAUACCUAACCAGAAAGAGUUGUUUGAUUUUGGGGUAAUUUUUUCCCUACAUGUUUUUAUCGUUAUAAAAGAGAUGAUAUUUACUCAAACCUAAUACUGUAGAACCUGACCUGACCAACCAAAGAAAUCUGAGAUACCUAACCUUAUCUAACUUCCUAGCCGGGGGAGCGGCACAAAUUGGCGAUUACAGCAACCGAAGAAUCUGAUAAAAAAAAUGUUACCUAACCUAGCCUAAAAAAACGAUCAUAGAAAAAAUAGGUGAAUUUAUAGUCUUACACCGGGCUUUCUCUCGCUGUUAUUAAUAUGUAUUUCAUAAUGUUUAGAUAAUUCUGAGACAUUUUUCUUCUAUGAUAUUUCCGCCGGAAAUUAAAGAUAACCGAGAUAUUAAUUUGUCAAUAUUAUUAGAUUUGCUCAGUCACAAGUGUCGCCAUUUGUUAUUUGCGUCUCAGUUAAGAUCUGACCCCCCCCCCCUCCUCCCUCAGCCAGUGCUCCUUACCUCCGUGUUCGCUUCUUAAGUGUCUACAGCGCAUGUGCGGGGAGUGGUGUGGGAGUUUCUUAUUAGCUGUAGCGAUAGGAGACUUAUUAUUGGGCAAGAGUUUUUGUCUUAGCAAAUGAACAAUGUGUGGGUGCGUCGGGAGCGGAGAUUUAAAUUUUCAGUACCAGAUAUGGCUGAACAGGUGGAAGAGCUGUGCUUACAUUCUGAUAAAGAUUAUGUUACAUCAAAUGCCGAGUUUUAUCAGAAAAAUGAGUCUGUAACAUCACAUAUGAAGACCAAGUACACUAUAGCAUUAAGUAGAAGUUCACAAUGUCGGGUAAAGAAAAGAAGUUCUUCUGUAUGGAAUGUGACAAAGAGUUUAGCUGGAAGACUUCUCUGAGUAAACAUUUACUUACUCACAGUAAUAUCAAAAACUUUGAAUGUGAUGAAUGUGGGAAAAAGUUUUCACACAAGAGUCAUCUUAAGUCACAUUUAAAUGUGCACAAUCACAUUAAGAAGUUUAAAUGUGAGGAAUGUCAUAAAUAUUUUUCUCAUAAGUGUUCUCUGAAGGCACACAUUCAUGCACACAAUGGCAUUAAAAAAUUUGAGUGUAAAGAAUGUGGCAAACAGUUUUCACACAAAGGUAAUCUCAAUAAACAUUUAAUUGUGCACAAUCUCAUUAAGAAGUUUAAAUGUGAUGAAUGUGGCAAACAGUUUUCACUAAAGGGUAAUCUCAAGGCACAUAUACUUGCACACAAUGGCAUUAAAGAAUUUGAAUGUAAUGAGUGUGGGAAACAGUUUUCACGGAAGGGUACUCUUAAGCUACAUUUACUUGUGCACAAUGGCAUUAAAGAAUUUAAAUGUAAUGAGUGUGGGAAACAGUUUUCACGGAAGGGUCAUCUCAAGGCACACAUGCUUACACACAAAAGCAUUUGAGAUUUUGAAUGUAAUGAAUGUGGAAAAAAGUUUUCACAAAAUGGUAAUCUCAAGACACAUUUGCUUGUCCAUAGUGGUAUUAAAAGUUUUAAAUGUGAUCAAUGUGGGAAAUUCUUUACCAGGAGAGAUAAUUUCAGAUGUCACAUACUUACACAUGAGAAAAAGUAGAAUUUCAUGAAUGUUUGAAUAAAUUUGACAUCAGUAUAGAACCAUGUCAAUAAAUUAUGAAUACUGCAGAAUAAAUAGAAGUGAUAAAUUCCACUUUUAUACACAAUAAAUACAUUAGAAUUAUCUGCUUUCAAGAAAAUUUCUUCAGUCUUGGCUCAAGUACUUUACCAUGACAUGAACAGUAUGCUAGAAAAAUAAACUUGUGACAGUUGUGGGAUCAUACCUUGCUAACAUGUAAUGGUCACAAGUUCUAUUUGUCUGGUCCAGUCAGGUCUUCUUGUUAUUUGGAAACUGACUCGUACGGUAGCUAAACACUUGCUCAGCACCAGAAGUUUAGCCUCUCCAGUGAGCCUAUGUGUUCAUAUAUAAGAGCCUUGAUGGUUUAGGGGAGCAGCAGUAGGUUUACAGCUGUCAGUGGGACUUGUACUACUCUGGCCAACUUUUGCUUGGACCUCCUGCAGGCUCACAGUUAGUUAGACUUAAGUUCUCUGGCUGAGGCGAGACAUUAGAUUUAUUUCCUUUAGUUAUAUUGUAUUAAUAUAUAUUGUAUUAAUGUUUCUCAACCUCUAGGGUUGUGAUGACUUAUAUUAUUGUGACAUCAUAGUUGUUUUUAAUUUGUUUGUCAUAUAGUAAUACUGUAUAUUUAUGUGAAAUGUAAGUAACUUAUGUGUUUCCCAUCUCUUACAUGUACGUACUGUAUACAUGUACAGUAUAAUAUACUGAUUGUGUAUUGUAAUAAUUACCAUUGUACAAGAAAACUUCCCAGGUAACAAUAUGGUGAACCUCCAUGCAUUUGUCCAGUUGGCCACAGACCCAAUUCUACCAUUAUUUCAUGACAUUCUAACAAUGAUUAUCCCAUAAAACUAAAUAUUAUUCGUAAGAUAAUGAUGAAAUUAAUGUUAAAUUCAAAUAGAAGUCCUUAUAGUUUUGUGGCAGCUUGUGUACAGGUAUUUGGACUGAAGAUGAAGCUCCUACACUGUACUUGCAGACAUACAAAAUUAUGAUCCUAAAGCUGAAAGGAGUUUUGUUAACCCAUAUAUGGAAAUCAUGUGUUUUAUUUCUCUCUGAACAAAAUAAUUAUACAGGGUUCAGUAUUUUCAAUGAAAAAUAUGAAAAUUCAUUUGAAACUUUAUGUAAAGAUGCUAAAGUAUAUUAAGAGAACUAAGUCAGCAACAUGCUGAAGUUUGGUGUUAGUGAGUGUAAGAAUGCCAAUGUCAAAAUGUUCUCACUGUUUGAACUACAUACUGUACUAUAAUAGUUUAUCAAACAAAACAUUACUGUAAACCAAUGAACUUAAAUUAUUUUAUUAAAAUUGAGUUUAAUGUUAAAAAUAUCCUUACAAUAAUAUAAUUGUUUGAAUUUUGUGUUUACUGUACUUGUUUCAAAUAUCUUUUACACCAAGCCAACAAUAGUUUACACAGUGAACCUGUACUGAUACUACUAUGUUGUGGUUUAAAAUAUUGUACUGUACCAUACAAUAAACUUUACACUUGUAAAUAAAACCUUGA